CGAGGAUCUUAUCUACCCCUCUCUCCGGAGCCCGGAGCUUCCAUUCCGGGCGCCACCGGUGAAGCCGGAGGUUCUGAUGCUUCUUGGAAUUGUUCAGGUGGUGGUGUCUGGUGGUUUUUGUUGCUCGCCGGAGUUAGCUGUCAGCAAUAGCUGGCGGCGGGGAUGAUGGAGCUCUGCUGCUCCGGCGUCCUCGGGGGAACGGCCCCGUCGAGGACCCCGAAGGCUGGGGCCGCGGGGGUUUCUUCCCCCGCUGGCGCUGGGUUGCUGGCGUCUCGGCCCAAGAAGCGGCGGGUCGGCCGAGCUGGCUUCCGCCGGCUGGAGCCGCGCGCGCCGCCGCCGCCCUGCGACGAACGGAGGGCGGGGGCGGAGGACGUCAUCCACAUGCUCAGGUCGGCGGACGGCCCCGCGGAGGCUCUGGAGCUGUUCAAGUCGGUGGCGCGGCAGCCCAGGGUCGCCCACACGACCGCGUCGUGCAACUACAUGCUCGAGCUUAUGCGCGCCCAUGGCCGGGUUGGGGACAUGGCCCAGGUGUUCGACGUAAUGCAGAGGCAGAUCGUCAAGACAAACGUGGGCACCUUCGCGACCAUCUUCAGAGGGCUUGGCGUGGAGGGGGGCCUCCAGAGUGCGCCGGUGGCCCUGCCGGUCAUGAAAGAUGCUGGGAUUAGCUUGAAUGCAUACACGUACAAUGGCUUGAUUUAUUUCCUUGUGAAGUCUGGGUUUGAUAGGGAGGCAUUGGAGGUUUACAAGGUGAUGAUGGCGGACCAUAUCGUGCCGAGUGUGAGAACAUACUCUGUCCUGAUGGUGGCGUUCGGGAAGAGGAGGGAUGUAGAGACGGUUCUUUGGUUGUUGCAUGAAAUGGAGGCUCAUGGCGUGAAGCCGAACGUGUAUAGCUACACCAUCUGUAUUCGAGUUCUUGGACAGGCAAGAAGAUUUGAUGAAGCUUAUCGGAUACUUGGGAGAAUGGAGAAUGAGGGGUGUAAGCCGGAUGUCAUUACCCAUACUGUGCUUAUACAGGUUCUUUGUGAUGCUGGUCGUAUCAGUGAUGCCAAGGAUGUUUUUUGGAAGAUGAAGAAGAGUGAUCAAAAACCUGAUCGAGUCACGUACAUUACUCUUUUAGAUAAGUUUGGUGACAAUGGCGACUCGCAGUCAGUGAUGGAAUUCUGGAACGCAAUGAAAGAAGAUGGGUACAAUGACAAUGUUGUUGCUUAUACAGCAGUUGUUGAUGCAUUGUGCCAAGUUGGGAGGGUCUUUGAAGCUUCAGAAAUGUUUGAUGAGAUGAAACAAAAGGGUAUAUUGCCUGAGUUGUAUUCAUACAACUCACUAAUAUCGGGCUUUCUUAAAGCUGAUAAAUUUGGUGAUGCUUUAGAGCUGUUUAAACACAUGGAUAUUCAUGGACCUAAGCCAAAUGGCUACACGCAUGUCCUUUUCAUAAAUUACUAUGGAAAAUCUGGUGAGUCUAUAAAGGCAAUACAGAGAUAUGAACUUAUGAAGAGCAAAGGGAUUGUUCCAGAUGUUGUUGCUGGUAAUGCUGUUUUGUUUGGUCUUGCCAAAUCUGGUAGACUUGGCAUGGCAAAAAGGGUCUUUCAUGAAUUAAAAGCUAUGGGGGUUUCUCCAGAUACUAUCACCUACACUAUGAUGAUCAAAUGUUGCAGCAAGGCAUCAAAAGUUGAUGAAGCUGUGAAGAUUUUCCAUGAUAUGAUUGAAAAUAAGUGUGUUCCUGAUGUUCUUGCAGUUAAUUCUUUGAUUGACACAGUCUACAAGGCAGGCAGAGGUGAUGAAGCCUGGCAGAUCUUUUAUCAACUAAAAGAAAUGAAUCUAGAGCCAACAGAUGGGACUUACAAUACGCUUUUGGCAGGAUUGGGAAGGGAAGGUAAAGUCAAGGAGGCAAUGCAUCUGCUUGAAGAAAUGUACUGCAGUAGAUAUCCUCCUAAUUUAAUAACAUACAAUACAAUUCUUGACUGCCUCUGCAAAAAUGGGGCAGUUAAUGAUGCACUUGAUAUGCUAUACAAUAUGACUAUGAAAGGAUGCAGACCUGACCUUUCGUCUUACAACACUGUCAUAUAUGGCCUUGUCAAAGAAGAGAGAUUUAAUGAGGCAUUCAGUAUUUUUUGUCAGAUGAAGAAGGUUAUUAUUCCAGAUUAUGCAACGCUGUGUACUAUCCUCCCAAGUUUUGUGAAAAUUGGACUAAUGAAAGAAGCUCUGCAUACUAUCAAGGAAUAUGUUCUCCAACCUGGUUCCAAAUCAGAUAGGUCUUCAUACCAUUCGCUGAUGGAAGGGAUACUGAAAAAGGCUGGCAUCGAAAAGUCAGUUGAGUUUGCUGAAAUCAUAGCAUCGAGUGGUAUUUCCUUGGAUGAUUUCUUUUUGUGCCCAUUGAUUAAGCAUCUCUGUAAGCAGAAGAAAGCUCUUGAAGCACAUGAACUUGUCAAAAAGUUCAAGAGCUUUGGAAUUUCACUAAAAACUGGAUCUUAUAAUUCUUUAAUCCGUGGCCUUGUCGAUGAGAACCUAAUAGAUAUUGCUGAAGGCUUGUUCGCUGAAAUGAAGGAGCUUGGAUGUGGCCCAGAUGAGUUUACUUACAACUUGAUUCUUGAUGCCAUGGGAAAGUCAAUGCAGAUAGAGGAAAUGCUAAAAGUUCAAGAAGAGAUGCACCGCAAAGGAUAUGAAUCAACAUAUGUUACUUAUAACACGAUCAUUUCAGGUCUUGUAAAGUCAGGAAGGUUGGAGCAGGCUAUUGAUUUGUACUACAAUCUGAUGAGCGAAGGUUUCUCACCUACACCAUGCACAUAUGGUCCUCUUCUUGAUGGUCUGUUAAAAGCUGGAAGGAUAGAAGAUGCAGAAAAUCUUUUCAAUGAGAUGCUGGAGUAUGGAUGCAAAGCCAAUUGCACUAUCUACAAUAUACUACUGAAUGGACAUCGAAUAGCUGGUGAUACAGAAAAAGUUUGUCAAUUAUUUCAGAAUAUGGUUGAUCAAGGAAUAAACCCAGAUAUAAAAUCCUACACGAUUAUUAUCGACACGCUCUGCAAGGCAGGACAGUUAAAUGAUGGUCUAACAUAUUUUAGGCAAUUAUCAGAGUUUGGUCUUGAACCUGAUCUAAUCACUUACAAUUUGCUCAUUGAUGGUCUUGGAAAAUCAAAAAGAUUAGAGGAAGCAGAUGCUCUAUUCAAUGAGAUGCAGAAGAAGGGAAUUGCCCCGAACCUGUACACUUAUAAUUCACUAAUUCUCCACUUAGGAAAAGCAGGGAAGGGUGCUGAAGCUGGGAAAAUGUAUGAAGAACUACUGGCGAAAGGCUGGAAGCCUAACGUUUUCACAUACAAUGCUCUUAUUAGAGGGUACAGUGUUUCUGGCAGUACUGAUAGUGCCUAUGCUGCCUAUGGCCGGAUGAUUGUUGGCGGGUGCCUACCAAAUUCAAGCACAUACAUGCAACUCCCAAAUCAGUUGUAACUAACUAAUUAGUCACUCAAUGUUGUACUGCUUCUGUAUAGUUUUGUCUAUACAUUAUCUAAAAAAAAAAGUAGUUUUGUCUAUAGAAGGAAAAGGAUCAACUGUAGAUAUAUGGCAGGGUUCUGCUGGUUCUUAUUCUACACGAAUUUCUUGUACUUGCCGGAAGAGAACUAUUAAAUACAUAACUGACUUGAGAACUUGAACAUCUGUUCAAUUUAACUGACAUUCUGAGGUUACAGUUGCUAACACUUAACAAGUCAAUCCAUUGUAUGUGGAACAA